UAAAGCGGGAAUUUUCCGGAACUCCCUCGAAUGAGACAGAUAGUAGAAAACAUAUGACAACAUGAAUUCCAAAUCAUACCUAUCAACAAAGUCAACAAGUAAGGAAUGAAAAAAUGAAUCGAUCAAGGAAAGAGUCCCAAAGUGUAACUACAGUUUCUAAAGAAAACGUAUCAGCUACAUUGCCCGUGAGAAAGGAAACCGAUCAUCGAGAAACUCCGCCCGGAUUUGCUAGGUCCAUGUUAAGGUGGCCAUUUCAUAAUCCUUUUGAGUGUGUCGAAUUUACUCCAAUUGAAUACAGUGAACGAAUUAGAGACCUUAUACCCGAAGAGCAAGACGACAAUACGGCAACAAUGCCUUAAGUGCAUGUUUAUGGAGGUAAACUUAACUGCCAUGAACCCAUAUGGAAAUUGGUUUUGUCGGAGGAAAGAACAUUGUGAUAAUACUCCGGUGAAAAGAAGUGUUCCUAGUCUACUAAGACUCGACAGUACGGGUAAUACAUGUUGUGAGAAAGGAUUAAAUUCCUCAAUUCAAAAGAGUAUGGCUUCGUGUAUAGCAAAAACUUUUAGUGGCAUGACAUCAAGAAGCAAUUCUCGAUCACCUGACAAUAUUGUUGGUUGUAUGUCUGAUUAUCCUAUUUUGCAAAAUUCUUUUGACAGUGCUUGUGAUAAAAAUAUGGCAGCAAAAAACUAUGCUAUAAUGCACAUGAGGCCUGAAACUUCAUGCAUUGGAAGUUUUCAGAGUCUUGCUGGGUGCAAGGGAAUGAAUACAAGUAGUUCCAUUUCUCAACACCCAGGAUUGCAUCAGAGUAAAUUUCAAAUACCUUACCUUCAGUUUCAUCCAGCUGUUUUUAGUGCACAUCCACAGCAAAGUGACUCAGCAAAGAAACAGGUUACAAAGUGUCAAAGCCAGAGAACCGGCAAAAAGAGUAACCGCUAUUUCAGAUAUGGAUGGAAUGCUCCUCAAAGAAAGCAGUCCCCUGAGGGUAUAAAAAAUGGUACUCCCAAAAAGUCUGAAAACACAACUCUACCGAAGAAACAAAAAUGUGAAAGCAAAGAAUGUGAUAACCAAGUUGAAAAGAAAGUCAGUAAUAGGGAACAUUGUGAUAGAAAAAACGACAAAAAACAAAAAACUGAUAACGAAGGAAAGGAUAUAUUAUCUAGUCCAUUGUCUAAUUUAAGUCUUGGGGAAAGCGUUGCAAUAAAAAAUGCCUUAAAUCAAUGUUCAAUGUCCAGUUCAGCAAGCAAUGACAUUGAAAAACCUAAACCAGACUGGUUUAGUUUUGGUAGAAGAGACUCUGAAUCUAAACUUUCACCAUCAAACACAGUCAUAGUGUUAGACAAUUGGGAUGAUGAAAUAUCUGAAGAAUUUCAGUCAGAAAAUAUCAAGCUACAGAAUGAUAUGAUUGACCUAUUAGCAACCGAGGAGGAAAAGACAAACUCAUUAGAAGAUAAUAUUAUUUCAACUGAAACUUCUAAAAGUAACUCUUUUCAUAAUGUGGAGAAAAUUUGUGAUACUUUAUGUACUGAUGAAAAAGUGUCCAAUGAGUCAAAGAGCCAAGAAAAUGUUGCAGAUACCAGUGCGGUGGUCACCCAAAUGUGCCAAAACAGUGAGCCUCAUGCUGUUCUCUAUCAGCGUAACAUGAAUAAGAAGGGUCGUCCUUCUCACAAAAAACGAAGCAGAAAGAAAGGCAGCAAACAUUCCAAGUCUAACAACAUUGAACAGGGUCAAAAAAGAAAAUUUGAGGAUGGUACAUCCUCCAAAUCUGGUGCUUGCACUAUAGCGUUCAUCAUGGGAGGUUCUGAUCCCCACUCAUUGGACAGCGAAAGUGAUUUUUCCUUUGAUAGUGAUGAAGAUUCAUCUGACUCUGUUGAUGAUGACAUUGACUUUGUGUGUCACUUUCCUGAACCUCUUCUUGUGAACUCGGCACCUCUCCUCAUGAACAUUAUUUGCUCUGCCAAGUCUAGUCCUGUCAGCCAAGCAGUCAGUGCCGCUAAUCGUGAAUGGGAAACCAUGUCAGAAAAGCCAAGUACUACAGCAACACAGAAUGACAGAAAAGUACACUUCGCAGAACCUGAGAGUCUCACCGAAACUCAUAUAGCAGAUGACUGGAACAGAAGAGGUCCAUGGGAAGAGUAUGCUCGAGACAGAGAAAGAUUUAAGCGAAGAAUAGAAGAAGUAAAAAGCGUCAUUGAUCCUAUUCUGUGUGAAGAUCACCGUCAGCAUGUGUAUUCCAAUCUGAUGCAUCCAAAUGAAUAAAUAAAAAAGUGCGAAUUGGUUGUGGUGUAAUCAUGUUUGGUUGUGCCAAUAUAGCAUAAGUCAUUAGGCCACUUUUAGAGAAUUGUUAGUUUACCAUCUUUAAAAUAACUACAAGUAACGAAAAAAGUACUUGACUGGGAUGACUUUUUUUUAACACUGUGAGCCUUGAUGUUUUAAAGUUGUUUAUGAUGUAUUUUCUGUUUUAAUUAUGGUUGCCUUAUCUACUGAUUUAAAGUUAAAUCACGGAGAUAAGAGAGAGCAAACAUAGGAUUUAAGGUGGCCUUUAUGCUGGUGUUUAUUUGGUUAUGUUUUAUUUUAAAAUCCACAUUGAGAUAAAUAUUGUUAACCUCAUUUGUUGCUGAGCACAUCAUUUUUCUGGGCUUUUAUUACAGCUCUUUCUUGCAGAAACUUGAGACAUUUUCAUGCCACAGAAAGUACACUAUAAAUCUGUAAUUUGGACUGAUUGAAAGAAGUACUGAAUUUUUUAUAUCAGUUGAAUAAAAAAGAAAACGAAUAUAUAUAUUUUUGUAUAAAAAGCUUGUUAAAAAGUCUCAACACAACAAUCUAGUUUACGACUGGUACUUAGUGGUAAUUUUCAUGCAGUUAACUGUAAUUUCAUGCCUUGUUUCUUCUGCUUGAAUUUUUUAGUGUGUUAAUUGCAUUCCUUAAUCUAAAGUUGCUCUCUGAACUUACAUUUUAUGCACAUUUUUACUGUAUGUACAUUUACUAUUAUGUAAUGAGAGAAAUGACAAUAAUAAAAUAUUUAUUCUUUAGUUUA